AUUCUAUUUCAAACAAACUCAUGUUCAUGUUCAUGUCCAUAUAUUCUCUCUCCACUUCUUCUCCAUUUCCAACCCAUAAUAUAACCUUCUUCCCUGUAAAGUUUCUUGGAUUUUCUUACUUGGAUUAUUUUACCGCUUUUGUUUUUGUAUAUGGGGGGUGGUUUUUCUGCUUUGGCGAACGAGAAAAAUAUUGUAACUCAUCCUUCAAACCCUAAUCUUGGUGACUUACCAGAGAGCUGUAUUGCUUUGAUUCUGUCUUGUUUGGAACCUUCGGAGAUCUGUAAAUUGGCACGUUUGAAUAAAACAUUCCACCAGAGUUCAUUUGCUGAUGUUGUUUGGGAAUCAAAGUUGCCUGAAAAUCAUCAAAUUCUUGUGAAAAAGCUGUUCAGUGUAGAGGAAUCCUCGGAGAGAUUAUCCAAGAAAGAGAUUUUCUCCAGAUUAUGUCGUCCCAUUCGCUUUUCCGGUGACACCAAGGAAGUUUGGUUGGAAAAGGGUAGACGAGGGAUAUGUGUUGCUAUUUCCUGGAAGGGAAUGAAAAUUACUGGAAUAGAUGAUCGGAGAUACUGGACUCAUAUCUCCACAGAUGAAUCCAGAUUUCACACAAUUGCUUAUCUUCAGCAAAUGUGGUGGCUAGAAGUGGAAGGCAACCUAGAAUUCGAGUUUCCGGCUGGUAAUUACAGCCUGUUUUUUCGAUUGCAGAUAGGAAGAACGUCGAAAAGAGCUGGCUGGCGAAUCGUCAGUGAUUUAGAACAAGUCCAUGGCUGGAACAUUAAGCCUGUCAAGUUCCAAUUAGAAUUAUCAAAUGGCCAGCAUACAACAUCAAAUUGCUAUUUGAAUGAGGCUGCAGGGAAAUGGAUGCACUAUCAUGUAGGAGAUUUUGUUGUUGAGAAUUCUUACAUCCCAACAAAACUCAAGUUCUCAAUGGCUCAAAUCGACUGCACACACACAAAGGCUGGACUUUGCUUGGACUCUGUGUUCAUAUUCCCAAGUGAAUCCAUGAAGCAGUUGAAACAAUUUUAAUUUGAUGUAGAAAAAGGGUUAAUUUGAUGUCUCUUAUACCGACGACGAAUGAGUCCCGCUAUACUCUUGGGUUGAAUAGUCGAUGAAUUCUUAAUCUAUGAAUGAAUGUGACAAAGUCGAGAAUAUAUAGUGUUUGUUCAUAGAGAGGUCCUCUUUCAUUUGAGAUUACUCCACGAUGCAACUUUUUACGGAAGGUGUCUCACUUGUAGUGAUUGUUGGAAACCGUGUUACAUUAGAUUUUUCAAUAAAUUUUAACAAAGUAGUG